UCGUCGUCCGUCGUUCUUUCGUUCGUUCGGUCAACUUCGGCUAGUUUGUCAAAUCAAAUCCAAUAUCUCAUCUUUGGAUUUGUUUCAUUGUUUUCACCAAGAAUACAAUAAAACUUUGAUUAUAUUAUAUUUAUUGCAUACGACAGUGGAAUUUGUGAUAGCCAAAACAUGUCGGAUGGGCCAGAUACACCGCCCUUUAGUACUGUAGACAUCAAUAGCGAGAAUAUAGAAGAUGAAGACCUAUUUGCAUCUGCGGUCCAGGAAGUCAGCCUGGACCCUGAAGUUAAUGGAGCUCGGGAGGGCUUGGAAAAGGCAACCAUAGGUGAACCUCCAUCAAUAACAACUACUCUCAGCAGCCCUAUCAUGGAAGAGAUAGCUACAGAACGAGCAAACAACAUUAUAAUAACAGUUACGGAACCACAAAAAAUCGGAGAGGGCAUGAGCUCAUAUGUUGCGUAUCGUGUGCUUACUAAAACCAACAUGCCCAUAUUCAGCAAACACGAAUUUGCUGUGCUCAGACGUUUCAGUGAUUUCCUGGGUCUGCACGAGAAGCUCACCGAGAAAUAUUUACGUUCCGGGAGAAUUAUACCGCCGGCACCUGAGAAGAGUAUAGUUGGAACAACCAAAUUAAAAAUGACUUCCACACCAUCUACUGAGAGUGCAAAUGGAAGCAACUCGGCAGCUAGUGUACAGUCCCAAUUCGUGGAGCGGCGUCGGGCAGCUCUGGAACGGUUUCUCAAUCGCGUCGCACAACAUCCCGUUCUGUGCAUCGAUCCUGACUUCAGGGAGUUUUUAGAAUCUGAUACUGAAUUGCCGAAAGCGACGAGUACGUCGGCUCUAAGUGGUGCUGGGGUGCUGCGUCUUUUUAACAAAGUGGGUGAAACCGUUAACAAGAUUACCUACAGAAUGGACGAGUCAGAUCCGUGGUUCGAGGAGCGGUGCGGCCGCGUGGAGGCGCUGGAGGCGUGCCUGCGGCGACUGCACGGCGCCGGCGACGCGCUGGCCGCCGAGCGCCGCGAGCUGGCCGCGCGCGCGCACGACGCCGCCCGCGCCGCCGCCGCGCUCUCCGGCGCCGACCCGCACGCGCCGCUCUCGCGCGCCCUCUCGCACACCGCCGACCUGCACGAGAAGGUACGCCCGCCGCCACACGCCGCCACACGCCGCCACACGCCGCCACACGCCGCCGAGCGCCGCGAGCUGGCCGCGCGCGCGCACGACGCCGCCCGCGCCGCCGCCGCGCUCUCCGGCGCCGACCCGCACGCGCCGCUCUCGCGCGCCCUCUCGCACACCGCCGACCUGCACGAGAAGAUCGAACAAUUGAGAAUUGAACAAUCCAACACUGACUUCUAUGUACUGAGUGAACACAUUAAAGACUACCUCGGCCUUAUUGGUGCCAUCAAGGAUGUCUUCCACGAAAGAGUCAAGGUGUUCCAAAACUGGCAACAUGCUCAAAUGCAACUUACGAAGCGAAGAGAAAACAAAGCGAAGGCCGAAUUAGCCAACCGACCUGAAAAGAUUGAACAGGCAUCCAAUGAAAUUAUUGAGUGGGAAGCGAAAGUGGAACGUGGACAACAGGAAUUCGACACAAUAUCCCGCGUAAUCAAGAAAGAGUUGGAACGAUGGGACGAAGUCCGGCUGUCGGAGCUGAGAGCCACCAUCCUGCGCUACCUGGAGGAGCAUAUGAAGCAUCAGGCACAGGCAAUUCGCUACUGGGACGCGUUCCUGCCAGAGGCGCGGGCGAUUAAAUGAGUCGGGGAAUGACGGCGGCGCGCUUCGCCUUAACCGCACCCGCCAUCAACCGACACCCGCACCCACAUCGCUCUUAACACCCUAACCAUAAGGUUUAUUAUCCAUUGAUCCAUCCACUUGAACGUGAGCAUAUUCAUACUUACCGACCUUAAUUGUCUACCUUAUAUUAAUAUACAUAAGGAUGAAAUAUGUUAAAUGUAGUCAGUGUUCGAGCAAUACCGUGUUCAAUGAGUUUUUCCGUAUUUUAUUAUAAUAUAAUUCCUAUUGUCGGAUAAAGGUUUAUCAAAACGAUUCGCUUGUAAAAUAAACUCUAAAAAAGGAAAGAAGUUUGCCUAAUCACGAAUUAAAAUAUAGAUCACUAAUAACUUCUAUAAGCGAUCUCAAAUUGCCAAAAUGUAUAUAAUUAUUAAUUGCGAAUGGAAAAUAUUUAAUAAAAAUAGCUAAAAUUUAAUAUUUAUCUUUUAUCUAAAAGUCAAAUAUAUCGUCAUAGUCGUAGAAUACUGACGGAUCUAUAUAUGUAAUCUUUGUCAGAUCCGUCAGUAUUCUACGACUAUGACGAUUUACCUUUACUAUAUCUACUUUGAACAUAGGAAAUAGUGAUUGAUUGCUCUUAAAAAUAUUUCUACCGUCUUCUAAAAGGAGGAAUUCAAUUGUAUGGUUUAGAUAUGUUCCCGGUUAUAUUCGCUAACUUGUGACACGGUUUUGAUCAUUAUUUUUAAUCGAAACUGUUUACUGAGAAUAGCAAACUUACAAAUCUUAAGUGUGAUGCACUACAUAUUCGUUAACUUUCACAUUUGUGAUAAUAAUAGGAUUACAUUGGAUAUUUUUUGUGUUAAUCUUUAACUGGUGCAAUAAAGAGAAAUAAAUUUGAAGAUACCAUAAUCCUUAGUAGUAUUAUGAAUAUGAAAGCAAGUUCCUUACCCCAUAGCGCCUUCACGGCUCAGCCAAACGUCACAUUUAGUAUACACAUAGUCAGAGGCGGCUCUAGCCCAUGCAAUCAAUAUCCUAGUGCAAGUGCAUGCAAGUAAUAUCCUACUAGAGGAGUAGGCACGCGGUCAAAAUGAUAUAUUUACAGGUAUAUUUUUACCAAUGAACAGAAAUGCGGGUAAUUUUAAAUGAUGUUAGCAAGCAAUAAGUAUACGAGUAAAAAGUAUUUUUUAGGGAAAAAACGAUUACAAGGAUAAAACAAGCACAUAUUUUUGACUACAAUACAAGACGCUCGUGAUACAAUGGAAAUAUAUUAAAAAAAAAAUACAUGACUUGUCGUGUUUUUGCAUUAGCAAAAACUAACGAUGCACUCAAAUGACUCCUGCUCUUUGAAAGAAUCAUGAAUGACUCGACGCUUGCUAAGACCCUGCGCCCGUAUUGCAUUACGCGCUCUGCACCAUAGGUAAAGCCGCCUCUGCACUUAGUAUUUGAUAUAUGGAUGUACAUAGACUAUCUCGGUAACACAGACGAGGUUGCGAAUACAGCUGGUAACGUCAUAGAAGUAUUGAUUAUCUUAUUUAUUUAUGUAUAUACAUUAAUUAUAAUUGUAGUUUAAUAAUUUUUUUUUUUUGUAUUUUGUAGCGUUUUUUGUUUUUCAUUCUUUUUAUCUCUUUUUACUGUUUAUGUCUGUAUUAUGUGUAUGUUUAUAUUAUUAUUUGUGUGUUUUAAGUAAUGCAAAUAACAUAUCUAUCAGAUAUAUAAAUAUUUUCCAUUCGCAGAUUACUAAUUGAAUCUUAUAGGGCUUACAUAAAGUACCCAUAACAAUUUAAAAUAUGAAAGUAUGUUCUGAUGGGUGAGUAAUGAAAAAAGUAUAAAAAUCUGCCCCACGCUGUACAACCAUCUGUUUGUAUUGAUUAUUAAUUAGAUAGGUAAAAUGUAACAAUGUGUAUAUUCGUAAUCUAAUAUCUAGAAAUAAAAAAAAAAAUAUUUUUAUUACAAACCUUUCAUGAUUAACUACGACAUUGUGAAUGUGUUUUAUUUUUAAUAAACACACUUGUACGCUUUAUUUAAAAAAAAAUCUAUUGUUUAAAAAAAUAAAGAGUCAAAGACAAACCUAAAAAUAUUGUAAGUAGCCCACUUAUUCAUAAAAACUAAAACUUUCUACAAAUCUAUUUUAACGAAUCUGAUUUGAAAGAGUCAGUUUUCACUGUUUUGACACUUUCUUUCAAAUUGGGAAUUAAAAUCUAAAGAGAAAACAGUUCAAUUGCUAAACUAGGUUUAUAAAAGGUUUAACGUUUUUGUAAAUAUGGAGGUAUGUGUUUAUGGGUGCAAUUAGAUUUUUAUUUAAUAGUCCCUAUAGUUUUUAAUUUUCGUGGUUACCAAGCUAUGGUGACCACGCAGAGCCCAAAACAUAAGGAUAAAUACUUGCUUAAGUAUUUACGCGCAAGCGAACUGCUUACAUUUUUUUAUAUUGAAUUAUUUAUUGAACACAAUUAUGUUUUUUUUUAUUGUAUUGUUGAAUUCAUUCCCUCAAUUCGGGACCACAUAAUCUCUGUUAUUUUAUACUUUUAUACGUGUAGCAUAGUAUGUUUCUUUGCAUAUCGCUUUGGCUACAAUCAAAGUUUAGCCUUGAUUUGUAAUAUUUCAUAAUGUCUUUAUGAAGACAAUUUAAAUGCUAAUUCUACACUUAUAUUUCUCUUUAGGAAAACUAAGAUUUUGUAUUUACAAUUGAGAAAUUUCGCAAUAAGGAAAGUGUAUUAUUUCGUAUACAUUUUUAUUUAUUAAUUAUUAUAUUUAGCUAUUCUGUAAUCAGUAACUAAUUUGACAUUUAGGGCGUCUGCAGACGAAUAACUUUUAUUCACGAAAAAUAUCAUUUAAUCAUGCAUUCGUACCUCGAGAAUUAUUCCUUAAUAAAAUUAUCUAAAUUUAAAAUCCAUCCUACCUAAAGUUCAGUAAUAACCUUUUAAUUAAAUUUUUUUUACAAAUUUAACUAAAUACAAAUUUAUGAUUACGUGACUACUUCUGUAUAAACUGUUAUCCCUCUCCAUAUUGCAUUCGAAUAUUGUGUACAAAUCGAGUGCUACGUAUACUAUAAAAUCAAUAAUCGACAGAAUGCCUAUGAAUACUCCAUCUGGGUUUAUUAGUCGUGUGGAUUUUACUUCUAUAAAAAUAGUUGAUCUUAUAUAAUAUAUAUAUAUAUAUAUAUAUAAAGAUCAGUGCAGACUCGCAAUGAAACAUAACGCAGGUCUUGUCAGGCGCUAUCUAUUUUGUUGUACCAAUUUCAAUCAUAUGUUCUAAAUACUAAAGUCAAAUUUCAAGUGGUCAUGGAUUUUUUUCAAACAAUAAUUAUUGGGAUAUGAUAUUGAUAUUUAAACAAUGCAUAUUUCAGUAACGAGUUAGUCUUCGCCGUUAUGGCGUCGGUCUGCACUGAUCCUAUUAAAUAUAAAUAGAUAAAAACACUAUAUUUGUCAAGAAAAAUGUAUAUAAACGAGGCUCUAGACUUACUUACCUAUUGUCCAAUGAACAAUCAUUACGUAUUUAUCAAGAAUAAUUAUCAAUUCGAGAAUAGAAUCAAACCAAGGAACUCAAAGCCUCAAAACUGCAUUCAAGUCACUAGACCAUAAUGUUAAAUGUAAUAUAAUGUAUAAAUCGGUCAGUGUACGAUGCAGUCUUACAUUGAUCCUAGAUAGUUUUCAUUGUAUAAUGUUCAACUCAUUAUACUAGUGUGUAAGGCACUUCAUGUUUUGUUACUAGUUAUUACUAUGACAUUAUAACUAGGGGGCGUCGGUGUAACAUUCAAGAAGUUCUAGAUAAAAGAGGGAGAAAGAGAGAAAAUCCAUUUAAUUUGUGUUAUUCAUUGUCUAACAGAGCUGUUAUUAUAAUGAUAUUCUGUGUGAUAGGUAAAUGUACAAAUUAUGCUAAUUGUUUACUUUUUUUUUUUUUCUUAUAAAAUUUUUAUUGUACACGGAAACAACAAAGGGAAAUGUCUAAAUAUGGAACAGUAUUACUUCACGAACUUAUUCCUAUGAAGAAUUUCUACCAAACUAAAGAGAAUAAAGAAAAAAGGAUUUUCUAAAAAUAAAAUAUAAUUUUCAGGAAUGCAGUGUAAUUUUUAUUUUAUUUUUUUCACAUUUAAAUGAAUUAUUAUGGUUUUUAAUUGGAACGGAGGUAUAAUUUGGAGGGACAUCUUAGACUCGUCAUCCAGCAGUUAUAAUGUCAUUAUUACUUGUAUGUAUAUUUUUAUAGUCAUUGUUUUUAUUUUAACUAUAAGAAUACUAGAUAUCGUAUAUUAGAAAUUGUAUUCCAAAAGAAUGAUUACGUGUGUGUUGCAGACAAAGUCAUAAUUUGGACAUUCUCAAUAAUUCUAAAACGUAAAUUUUGCACAUUAUAUUAACAUGGUGUAUUUUGCUCAGAUUGUUGUUAAAAAUGUAUCAUCCACAUAUUUUAUGGUAAUAAUAUUUUCUUGAUCAAGCAUACGUGAUCGAUUUUGACUUUGUUAAUACUUUAUUUUGGUUACGUGAAUAAUGUUUUAAGGCGUUAUUGUUUUUAUUGUUCAAAUAACAUAUUGGGUUGGUGCAUAUGAAAUUGCCGAUUUAAACAGAGGAUCAAAAACAAAAAAUAAUUCAUUUAAAAAUUAUUUAUUUGUGAUAUAAUAAUUACUUAUUGGCUUCAACACAUAACAACCAACAAUCCACCAAAGAAUUUAUGCUAUUAUAAAAAGAAAUUAUCUUUUUUUUUUAAUCAAUAAAUUCACGAAAGGCAACAUAUACAAUAUCUUGAUAAGAUUUAAGUUUCUUAUUUUUCAAAAAAUUGUCCUAAUUUCUGAACAUAUGGAGUAAUGUGUUGAAGAAAGAUCAGGCGAGUAUGGUGGGUGCGGUAAAACUUCAUAUUCUAGCUCAUGUAUUUUUUUAUUAACGAUUUACGCGACAUGUGGUCUAACGUUGUCAUGAAGCAGGAUUACAUCAAUUCUGCUAACCAAUUUUUGCUGUUUCUCUUUUAAUUUUUCAUGCAUCUUAUGCAGUUCGACACAAUACUUUUGGGUAUUCAUUGUCUCACUGUGGCAAAAAGUUAUAAUGGAUAACGCCUGUUUGUGACUACCAUAUAGUAAGCAUAACUUCUCGAGGGUGAAGUUUUGAUUUGGGGCCAAACAUGGACGUUCACUCUUAUGUAACUAGACCUUCGUGUAUUAUCAUAAAGCACUCACUUUUCAUCGCAUGUUACUAUACGGUCAAGAAAAGGUUCAGUUAUUUGUCGAUGGUAAAGAAAUGAUAAAACGAUUUUUUCUUAUUUUGCUCUAAGAGUUUGGUACCCACUGAUCAAGCUUCCUUGCUUUACCAAUUCUUCUAAGACCUCAAACAACAGUUGCAUGAUAGACAGCGAGUUCUUGUGCAAGUUCUUGUGUAUUUAUAUGCACAUUGGACUCCACUAAUUGUUGUAAAAUUUGCUCUUCCAGUACGCGCGAAGGUCGACCGCGAGGCUCAUUUUCAAAAUUCUCUACUCCACAACGAAAUUUUUGGAACCAAUUUCUCACUGUCCUUUUAGAAACUGUAUUCUCCCCUAAUUUCUCUUUUUUUUUUUUUUGCUGUUUCACGUGAACUUAAUCCACCUUUGAACUCAUAAAACAUGAUACCUCUAUUUUUUUUUCGAAUCCAUGGUAACAAAGAAAAACUUAAGUCACGUCUAACGUCUGAAUCCUCUGUUGUUGUUUAAAAUAUCAAUCAAGUACAUGCUACGCUUUGUUUACAAUAACAAAAAUUAACAAAUCAAAACGUGUUCGUUAAUACGCGCCCACUGUUUUACAUUGUUACGCAAUCUGCAAUUUCAUAUGCACCAACCCAAUAUUUUUAAAAAUGUUUACAUUUAUAAUACUAAAGUCGUACAACAACAGUGCGAAAUGUUAUGUGUGCAUACAUGUUAAGUAUUCGACAUUAUGUUUUAUUGGAAAUGCGUAGAAUAUAUAAUUAGUGACUUCGUCUGUAACAAAAUAUUUACCUUAUUAGAUAAUUAUUAGGUAGAGUGAUUGAAAAAAUCUCGAGUCUAAUGUAUUCCUUAUUUUUUAUAUUGCCAAAUAUAUUUAGAGGUAAUUUGGUGUAACGGAAGAGAUAAAUAUAAAUAAAAUAAUGUUGAUUUCGAAUUCAAA